AAUAGACCGAUGGUUAAAUAAACUGGAUAAGUACAGUGAUUGUUCAGUUGUGCAAAAUAAAAUGUGUUGGUGACUGUGGAAUGCUCGUUAUUUCGGGCUUGUCCUCGUUUAUCUUUUUUUUAAAUACUAAAAACAAAAAUACACUCAUCCAAUGAUUUUGAAAACAUUUGCGCUGUGGUUAACAUUGGUUGCUCCUGCAGCAUUGCAACCGACCAGUAGUGAACUGGACGACUGGCCUUACGUCGUGAAAGAACGCGGUUAUGCCGAACAGUCUCCGGUCGACAUAUCUACGCAAAAUGCACAACGACGAUUUCUACCAUUUUUGCGUUAUUUCGGAUAUUUUACUUUCGAUAACUCCGUAAUGAACAUAACAAACAACGGUCAUACAGUUUGUGUUACACUGUCAAAAACAUCUGAAGCAAUACCGUUUGUUACUGGAGGACCGCUCUUUGACGACAAAUACGAAUUCGUUCAAAUGCACUUUCAUUGGGGCAAAUACGAUUUAGGUAGCGAACAUAAGGUCAACGGAUUUCAGUAUGCAAUGGAAAUUCAUAUGGUUCAUUUUAACACAGCGUAUGGAACUUUUCAAAACGCAGUAAAUUAUAGUGAUGGUGUUUGUGUUAUCGCAUUUUUCGGACAGAUAUCUACACACGAUAAUGAAGAAAUGGCUAAUUUUAUUGCUGAUCUAAAAUAUCUAACACAACCUGGUUCGUCAAUUCUUCGACCAUUCAAAGAGGAAUUUUCUUUUAUAAAAAGAACUGCUUUAAAGCAACAUUACUAUGCGUAUCAUGGAUCUUUAACGACAGAACCUUUUUCGGAAUGUGUAAUUUGGAUUAUUUUUACGAAACCAAUUAAAAUAUCAAGAUCACAGUUGAAAGAGUUCAGACAUUUACAUUCAAGUCACCAUGGGGUUUUAAUUAACGAAAAUGAUAGACCACUACAAUCAUUUAAUGGCAGACCAAUUGUUUAUGGAUAUUAGCAUAAGCGAAAUAUUUUGAAUAACUGUAAAAUUUUAUUGACCUGUGUUUUAAUAAAACUAUAUUAUUAUUUUA